AUGCUGCAUUUGGACCGGCAACUUGUCCAGGGCUGUCUCCUGAGAUCGGGUGCACGGUUGAGAACGAAAAGUGGAUGUGGCGAAUGUCGGCGGCGCCGAAAGAAGUGUGAUGAGAAACGUCCCCGAUGCGGAGGCUGUACUCGAAAUGAUUUUGAAUGUCGAUGGCCCCCCGAGACCCAGACUGUUGACCGACGAAGGUAUUCCUUGGCUUCAGGAACCACCACCACCACCAGCAGUGCAGGCGACGAAGCCCUUACGGGGCGUCCGGGACGGUCUCUCCCGCCGCCGGUCAGCAUGCCUGUGCCAUUUCACAAGAGCGAGCAUCUGCGCAUCUACCGGUACUUCGUGCACUCCAUGUCCCCCAAACUUGUCCGGCAGACUUCCUUGUCCAGGUAUUCCCAAGACUUCCACAUCGUCCGCCUGGCACUGGUUCACCCACCUCUCAUGGGAGCCCUAAUUGCCCUUGCUGGAAUGAAGAUGUCAUCGCAGUCAUCCAAUCUCCAGUCGCUGGCUCUACAAAGUUACCUGUUUGCCAUCACAAGCCUGAAGACGGGUCUAAUGGAAGGCCGACAUACCGGUACUGAGGAUUGGCUUCUGGCCACCACCACCUUGUUGUGUCUUUUUGAAAACUCUCGCUGCGAUGCGAUGCCGAAUGCCAGGUCUCAUGUGUUGGCCUCGGGCCAGAUGUUGUCCCUGCGCAGGCCCAAACCCCGAAACGCCUCGCAAGAGGCCAUUGUCUUCGAGCGCAUUUGCGUAGAAUCAUUUCUGUACCACGCCGCUCUCCUGACCCUGUUUGAUCCUUCCGUCAACUGCCUGCCUCUGAUCAAGGGCGAUUUAAAUCUGGAGGGCUAUUUUUGCGACCCGGAUCAUCCGGACGAUGUCCCACCAGGGGCCCUGACGUCCACCCAGCCCGUUCUGGAUGCGUCCUAUAAGUUUUUUCUCCUGGUGCUUGAUAUUACAAAGCUGGCUCAAUCGUUCCCCCUGACCACUACUGCCGAGGUUGAGACGUGGUCUCGAUCGCAAGAGAUGGUGGUGCAUUGGGAGAAGUCGAUCGACAACCAACAAACGUCCAACGCAGAGAACCACGUCGGAAGACUCUAUACUGUGGCGAUCCGAAUUCUACUUGUACACGCAGAUCCCAGGCGCUCCAUGGUCGACUGGAUCCAGUUGAUGGAAUCGUAUCUUUUACGAGGCCUCGAGAUCAUUACAGCAUUAGUUGUUGACGAGUGGUUUUCCUUCUACUAUUUGUGGCCGCUAUUAGUGGUGGGCUCAGUGGCCGUUCUACCGGAAGCGAAGCAGAUCGUCCGAGCCAAGCUUUCCCAGGUAUCAGACACACGGCAGGGCGGGCCUAUUUCGCUGGCACAGUACCGCUUGCAGAAAGUCUGGAGAUCAGGUGCUCGGAAUAAUGACUCUGAUCAUGGACAACUUAUGGCAAGGCAACUGCGGACCUUGCUAAUGGGAGACUGA